UUUUUUUUUUAUUUGAGAAAAGGGAAUUUCGUCCCAAAUCAAAGGAAUGAAGUCUGGCUCCGGAGGAGGGUCCCCGACCUCGCUGUGGGGGCUCGUGUUUCUCUCCGCCGCGCUCUCGCUCUGGCCGACGAGUGGAGAAAUCUGUGGGCCUGGGAUCGACAUCCGCAAUGACUAUCAGCAGCUGAAGCGUCUGGAGAACUGCACGGUGAUUGAGGGCUUCCUCCAUAUCCUGCUCAUCUCCAAGGCUGAGGACUACCGCAGCUACCGCUUCCCCAAGCUUACAGUCAUCACCGAAUACUUGCUGCUGUUUCGUGUUGCCGGCCUCGAGAGCCUGGGAGAUCUCUUCCCGAACCUCACGGUCAUCCGUGGCUGGAAACUCUUCUACAACUACGCACUGGUCAUCUUUGAGAUGACCAACCUCAAGGAUAUUGGGCUUUAUAAUCUGAGGAACAUUACUCGGGGGGCUAUCAGGAUUGAGAAAAAUGCUGACCUCUGUUACCUCUCCACGGUGGACUGGUCCCUCAUCUUGGAUGCUGUGUCCAAUAACUACAUUGUGGGGAACAAGCCCCAGAAGGAGUGUGGGGACCUGUGUCCAGGGACCUUGGAGGAGAAGCCAAUCUGCGAGAAGACCACCAUCAAUAAUGAAUACAACUACCGCUGUUGGACCACAAAUCGCUGCCAGAAAAUGUGCCCUAGUGUGUGUGGGAAGCGAGCAUGCACGGAGAACAAUGAGUGCUGCCACCCAGAAUGCCUGGGCAGCUGCCACACACCUGAUGACAACACAACCUGCGUGGCCUGCCGGCACUACUACUACAAAGGCGUGUGCGUGCCUGCCUGCCCGCCUGGCACCUACAGGUUUGAGGGCUGGCGCUGUGUGGACCGAGAUUUCUGUGCCAACAUCCAGAGUGCUGAGAGCACUGACUCCUAUGGCUUCGUUAUCCACGACGGCGAGUGUAUGCAGGAGUGCCCCUCAGGCUUCAUCCGCAACAGCACCCAGAGCAUGUACUGCAUCCCCUGUGAAGGCCCUUGCCCCAAGGUCUGUGGUGAUGAAGAAAAGAAAACAAAAACCAUCGAUUCAGUUACUUCUGCUCAAAUGCUCCAAGGAUGUACCAUCUUGAAGGGCAAUUUGCUUAUUAAUAUCCGGCGAGGCAAUAACAUCGCCUCAGAACUGGAGAAUUUCAUGGGGCUCAUCGAGGUGGUGACGGGCUAUGUGAAGAUCCGCCAUUCCCACGCCCUGGUGUCUUUGUCCUUUCUGAAAAACCUCCGCAUGAUCUUAGGAGAGGAGCAACUGGAAGGAAACUAUUCCUUUUAUGUCCUGGACAACCAGAACUUGCAGCAGCUGUGGGACUGGAACCACCGCAACCUGACCAUCAAGUCAGGGAAGAUGUACUUUGCUUUCAAUCCCAAGCUGUGUGUUUCUGAAAUUUACCGCAUGGAGGAAGUAACAGGAACAAAAGGGCGCCAGAGCAAAGGGGACAUAAACACCAGGAACAACGGAGAGCGAGCCUCCUGUGAAAGUGAUGUUCUGCGUUUCACCUCAACCACCACCUGGAAGAACCGCAUUAUCAUAACCUGGCACCGGUACCGACCCCCCGACUACAGGGAUCUCAUCAGCUUCACGGUUUACUACAAGGAGGCACCUUUUAAAAAUGUUACAGAAUAUGAUGGGCAGGAUGCCUGUGGCUCUAACAGCUGGAACAUGGUGGAUGUGGACCUGCCUCCCAACAAGGAGGGGGAGCCCGGCAUUUUAUUGCAUGGGCUGAAGCCCUGGACCCAGUACGCCGUCUAUGUCAAGGCUGUGACCCUCACCAUGGUGGAAAACGACCAUAUCCGUGGGGCCAAGAGUGAAAUCUUAUACAUUCGCACCAAUGCUUCAGUACCUUCCAUUCCCCUGGAUGUUCUUUCAGCAUCAAACUCCUCCUCUCAGCUGAUUGUAAAGUGGAAUCCCCCAUCUCUGCCCAACGGGAACCUGAGUUACUACAUUGUGAGGUGGCAGCGGCAGCCACAGGAUGGCUACCUCUACAGGCACAACUACUGCUCCAAAGACAAAAUCCCCAUCAGAAAGUAUGCUGACGGCACCAUUGAUGUGGAAGAGGUGACAGAAAAUCCCAAGACCGAAGUGUGUGGUGGGGAUAAAGGACCAUGCUGUGCUUGUCCCAAAACUGAAGCUGAGAAGCAGGCCGAGAAGGAGGAGGCUGAGUACCGCAAAGUCUUCGAGAAUUUCCUUCACAACUCCAUCUUCGUGCCCAGACCUGAAAGGAAACGGAGAGAUGUCAUGCAAGUGGCCAACACCACCAUGUCCAGUCGAAGCAGGAACACCACGGUGACUGACAUCUAUAAUAUCACAGACCCAGAAGAGCUUGAGACAGAAUACCCUUUCUUCGAGAGCAGAGUGGAUAAUAAGGAGAGAACUGUCAUUUCCAACCUCCGACCUUUCACUCUAUAUCGCAUCGAUAUCCACAGCUGCAACCACGAGGCUGAGAAGCUGGGCUGCAGUGCCUCCAACUUUGUCUUUGCAAGAACCAUGCCUGCAGAAGGAGCAGAUGAUAUUCCUGGACCAGUGACUUGGGAACCAAGGCCUGAAAACUCCAUCUUUUUAAAGUGGCCAGAACCUGAGAACCCUAACGGAUUGAUUCUCAUGUAUGAAAUAAAAUACGGAUCACAAGUUGAGGAUCAGCGGGAAUGUGUGUCCAGACAGGAGUACAGGAAGUAUGGAGGGGCCAAGCUUAACCGGCUAAACCCAGGGAACUAUACAGCCCGGAUUCAGGCUACCUCUCUCUCUGGGAAUGGGUCAUGGACGGAUCCUGUGUUCUUCUAUGUCCCGGCCAAAACAACGUAUGAGAAUUUCAUCCAUCUGAUCAUUGCUCUGCCGGUCGCCAUCCUGCUGAUCGUGGGCGGGCUGGUGAUCAUGUUGUACGUCUUCCAUAGGAAGAGAAAUAACAGCAGAUUGGGGAAUGGGGUGCUGUAUGCCUCUGUGAACCCAGAAUAUUUCAGUGCAGCCGAUGUGUACGUGCCUGAUGAAUGGGAGGUUGCUCGAGAGAAGAUCACCAUGAACCGGGAGCUUGGGCAGGGAUCCUUUGGGAUGGUCUAUGAAGGAGUGGCCAAGGGUGUGGUCAAGGACGAACCUGAAACCAGGGUAGCCAUCAAGACAGUAAAUGAGGCUGCAAGCAUGCGUGAAAGGAUAGAGUUUCUGAACGAGGCCUCAGUGAUGAAGGAGUUCAACUGUCACCAUGUGGUGCGGUUGCUGGGCGUGGUGUCCCAGGGCCAGCCUACCCUGGUCAUCAUGGAACUAAUGACACGCGGGGAUCUCAAAAGUUAUCUCAGGUCUCUGAGGCCAGAAAUAGAGAAUAAUCCAGUCCUAUCACCUCCAAGUUUAAGCAAGAUGAUCCAGAUGGCUGGAGAGAUUGCAGAUGGCAUGGCAUACCUCAAUGCGAACAAGUUUGUCCACAGAGAUCUUGCUGCGCGGAAUUGCAUGGUAGCUGAAGAUUUCACCGUCAAAAUUGGAGAUUUUGGUAUGACACGAGACAUCUAUGAGACAGACUACUACCGGAAAGGAGGGAAGGGGUUACUGCCUGUGCGCUGGAUGUCUCCUGAGUCCCUCAAGGAUGGAGUCUUCACUACUCAUUCAGAUGUCUGGUCCUUUGGUGUCGUCCUCUGGGAGAUUGCCACAUUGGCUGAGCAGCCAUACCAAGGCUUGUCCAAUGAGCAAGUCCUUCGCUUCGUCAUGGAGGGUGGCCUUCUGGACAAACCGGACAACUGCCCCGACAUGCUAUUUGAACUGAUGCGCAUGUGCUGGCAGUACAACCCCAAGAUGCGGCCUUCCUUCCUGGAGAUCAUCAGCAGCAUCAAGGACGAGAUGGAGCCCGGCUUUCGAGAGGUCUCCUUCUACUACAGCGAGGAGAACAAGCCACCCGAGCCGGAGGAGCUGGAGCUGGAGCCCGAGAACAUGGAGAGCGUCCCCCUGGACCCUUCGGCCUCCUCAGCCUCCCUGCCACUGCCUGAUAGACACUCAGGACACAAGGCCGAGAACGGCCCAGGCCCUGGAGUGCUGGUUCUCCGCGCCAGCUUCGAUGAGAGACAGCCUUAUGCGCACAUGAACGGGGGUCGAGCCAACGAGAGGGCCUUGCCGCUGCCCCAGUCUUCGACCUGCUGAUCCUCGGAUCCCAAGUCUCGUGCAAACAGUAACGUGUGUGCCCACUCUGCGGGGGUGGGGGGAGCAGGUCUUAAUCCAUUCACAAGCCUCCUGUACCUCAGUGGAUCUUCAGAACUGCCAUUGCUGCCCGCGGGAGACGGCUUCUCUGCAGUAAACACAUUUGGGACGUUCCUUUUUUUCAAUAUGCAAGCAGCUUUUUAUUUCCCUACCCAAACCCUUAACUGAUAUGGGCCUCUGCGAACCUUAAUGACAACAUUUAAUAGCAACAGAACACUCGAGAAUUGAGUCUCCUCGUUCUCUGCCUUUCUCUCUUCCCUCCUCUCUCU